UUUGUUUUGGCCUUCUCAGAAGCAAACUCAUGGUGAAUUCCUCCAUGGGUUUGAGGGGGCAUAUUAACAGAAUUUUGGGUAUCACUCAAUUAGCUUAUCGUGUGGAAUUAGCAGCAGUCCAACAACAAAGAAGUAGUUCAGUAGCAUUACAGUUGAAGUACAACACUAGCACUCCUAAGUUAGUUACAGGAGAUGAUGAGCUAUCCAAACAGAAUUGUGUUGCUCAAUAUUUAUUCAUGGUAAUGGGCAGGCGGUGGGUGAGAGAGCCUUGGGUGAUUGUUGGGUUGGGAGGGUUUUGGGUGGGUGGUGCAGACUGGAGAGGGAGAGAAAGAGAGGAUUAUUGA